AUGAGAGAUAUCAUGACUCGGAUAAUUUAUUGCCAAUCGUGCAACCGACAGUCGCAAUCUUCAGUAGCUGCAUAUAAAUCAGAUGUAGGCAGCGCCCUCGUCCAUGUAUGCCACUUUACUCACCGUCCGGUCGAUCCUAAGCGGACGGCGAGUAAAGUUUCAUGGAUACAGACCGAUCGAUUGAUCGACCAAGGAACCAAGUUACAAGAAAAUCAAGUGGAAGGGAGUGUGAGUUUUCAUUUUUCCCAGGAUAUGCUAUAAAGGCAGACAUCGCGUCGUUUCGCCUCUGAAGUGUCGGCGCACAAUCUUAUAAUGUUCAAACCGUUUCAGUGUAUGUCCUUUGAUUCUACGCCAGCGCUUUCUCGAAGUAUCUAAGCCAUUUGGUUCGUGAACAUGCUAAAUUUCCGAAAGCACGUUUGUAAUGGUAUCAUAUAUUUCAGUUUCCUAAUCUUCCCUGAAUGUCCCCUCGAUUUCUUCCUCAUUGUUACUAGCACUGGUUGGAAUUGGCAAUACAUUAGGGCUCUGAGCAGGGCUUUUGAUUGAACCGUGCCAUUCAGCAUGUUCCCGUGACCUUUAGAAGAUUGUAGAGCUUCUUCGGUCAUCGUGGGUCCAAAUCAGAUCGAUCCAAUCACAUAAUUGCAGAGUUUAAUCUCCAGCUUGCGACUGGACGAAUCAACUGGAGGAGCCUGGGAGUAUGGACUGAAGUUUAAUCUCGUGAAGCAGCCAGUCGGAAUGUCGUGUUUGGUUGCGGGUGUGAAGCACACUCGACGAAAAUGGCUGCACCACCUAAACGGGACACGCGGUGGGUGAGGAAUGGGCCGAUUAACCUAGGCUCAUUCUCCACCAUUUUUCUGUGCACGAAUCUGGAGAAUAAUAAGAAGUUUGUGGCGAAGACGGUUAUGGCACAUGACCUAGAGCAGAGGACGGCCAUCGAGGUGGAGAGUUGGAAUUGGCAAUAGAUGUAUGGAUAUAUAGAUAGGAGUAUGCGACUGUGAGGAGCCGGAAGCCCGCACAGGUUUCCAAGGAGCGUGGUUACUACAUGUUCGGACCUUUCAAUUUAAUAGAGGGCGAUACUCUAUUCCGUGCAAUUCUGUGCUCCGUGCAAUUGCUGACAGUGUGGAAUACUCGUGCAUCAAUAACAACAAUUCCAGCAUGACAAUACAAUUGUCAUGCUGGAAAUGAUAGACACGGUUAAUGUGAUAUAAGCCUGUUCUGUGCUUUGAGAUGACAAACAAUAGCUUCCUUAUGUGUUUGGUCUUGUGAAAAGCUUUUUGGGAUUCUACCCAAAUCGACACAUACUGAUUUGUCCACUGCAAGUCAGUUUCAGCAUGACAAUACAAUUGUCAUGCUGGAAAUGAUAGCUACGGUCAAUGUGACAUAACCCUGUUCGGU